CUGUCAUCUGGUCAUGUGAUGCCGGUGGGCGUGGUUACAUAUGCAGAGGGCAGAGCAAGGAAAAGAGGCAGAAAGAAAGGUGUAGAGUGCUUGCAAGGAACACAGCUCAGCAAGGCUCCAGAGAGAAGUACACUGACAGGGAGCCAGGCUGUACAAUACCAGCAUUUGCCCUCCUCACCCUAAGGGACACAGCCUGGCAGGAAGACAAACAGCCUGUGAUGUGAAGGUGAGCAAUCCACACUGAUGACCUCUUUAUUUCAUUCUUGCCUGCAGAGCUGACACUCUGGAGUAGGAAUAAUCAGAAAGGCAUUACCCUAUCUGCUGGGAAUCUACAACUCCCAUGAUGCUUUGCCAACCUAACCUAAAGCUGGUGGGUGGUGGAGUGCUAGCUCUUGGGCAGCCAUGUUAUGUAGGUCAUGCAGCACACUCUACAUGUUUAAUGCCCUUACCAUACCCCUUUUCAUAUGAAAGGGAGAUCAUUCCACAGUCUAAACAUGUAUAUUUUUUGUAUUAAAAGAACCAGUGCUUUGUACCCCAGGCUGUAUCUAGUGCUGAGUGAUGGAUAUGGGACAAUAGGGGGUAGAGUGUUUAUUGAUGGUACUGUUUGGGGGGUUGGUAUGAGGAUUGAGGGGACUUGUGUUGAAUCAGUAUCUGCAGGAAACAGCUGCUUGCAGGACAAAAGCUGAAGAUCAACAACUAAAAUAAGGUGAGAGGGGGGAGGGAGGGUACACAGCUUGGGGGAGGUUUAAAGGGACUGAGGGGAGGUGCAUGGAUGCACAGGGGGGGCUGACAUAGGAGUUAGUUUCCAACUUGUUUAUCCUAUUGCUUUUUCUUCACUUGCACACAAAGUGUUUUUGCCAAGUGCUGGGACAAAUUCUUAGAAUUACAUUGUGUAAAAAUUAAAAACUUUGCUUCAGUUGAGGUUUAACCCAGUGUGGACUGAGCUAUGAAAGCUGAAAAUGUUAAAAAAUUAAUUUUAAAUAAAAGAUGCUAACCGUUUACUUAAUGGUAGGUUUAAAUAUUUGCUGCUGGAAAGGGGGGUGAGGCAACAAAACUCAAAUUUCAUCUGUGGUUUAUGUCCCUGCAAAUACUUCAAGCUGUAAGUGAUACUGGGUCCAGUUCCAGAAGUUACCCUACUGAGAAACACAUGUUAUUGGUACCCAAAUAGGGCUGCAGGAGGCUGGUCACAUGGGCUCCAUUUGGUAAAGUGAGAAAAUGACUGCAGGAAGGUGGAGUUAACCAGAAUUUUGGUCCUAUAUUGCAAUUAAGAUAAACUUCUACUGUAGAGUUAUUGGGGUUUAUUUGCUAAAUGCCGAAUUGCAGUGAAUUGAAAACUGGAUUGGAUUUAUAUAGCACCAACCUAUUCCGCAGCUUUUUAUUCUGUAGGUACGCCUGGCUUGUAGAUGAUAAAGCAAAAUAUUCUGGAAACAAUAGAAGUCAAUGUAGAAUCUCAUGUAUGACCGCCCUGAAUGUUAUGUGACUAUUGUGCAUUGACCUGUUUUCUUAAUUGAAAUGGAGUGUGACAUGACCGAUGCUAUCUGCUCUCCUCAGUGGGAUUAUAAACCGGUGACAUAACUGUUCGUAAUGACGGUGCUGGCUUGAUGGGUUUUAGGGAUCCACUUAAUUUCUACUCUGAGGCCUAGGCAGGACUAUAAAAAUCAUAUAGAUUGAAAGGCCCUUUUUUAUUUUAUUUUAUUUUUUAUUUUCCCCCUUAAUUUACGUCUUUCUCAAUGAGCUUAAAUUCAUUUUGGGCAGACUUAUGACAUUUUUUCCUCCUUUUGGUCAUCCCCCAUCCAUCUUGCACAUACAUGGGCCUGUGUACUGAAAUGCAGACACUAAAGUGAUACUUGUCAGGAAUUCAAAGUGAUUUAAAACAAAAAAAAAAUUUUUAAUGCAAAGCCAAAAGAGUCCAAUUGGAAGGAUAGCUCACUAGGACGAUUUUUCAACUUUGGACUUAAAAUUUUAAAUUCACUUUGAAUUCUUGACUUUUCUCAAUUUAGUGAAUAACCCUGUGUGGAUAACAGAUACCCCUGGCCCUUGGACAGUCAGUAUUCGUAUUCCGUGAAAGAGAUGAACCGGUAUACUAUAAUUAUCUGCCCUUAUUGCUUCUUUUGGCAGUGCAAAGUUAAAGCAACGCAGAGAUCAAUGAUGGUCCCAGAUGGUAACUAGGUAGCUGCUGGAUUAUGGAGGAGGGGGGUUAUAUUGUUAACUGCGUAAAUAAUCCACACAAUGACACGUCCUACAUACUAAACCCCCUGGUUUUAAGGGACAGUCAUACAUUUCGGUUAAAUGCUUCAGGCCGUUUCAUUGUGUCACAGGAUAUUUAAUGUUUACGUGUUCCCUGUAUUUCACAGAUCAUGUGUUUUGUGGUGUCUGAUAAAUAAAUGAAAGCGUCUCUGUCGCUUCAAGUUUACAUUUCCUCAAUUAAUAUUUUUAUUUUUAUUUGUAUUUUUUUUUUUUUUAUCUCCUCUUCCCCCAUUAAAUUUUUUUUAAAAUUUAAUACAUAAGGCAAAGCAGGGACUUAUUGGUGGGAUGUAGCUGUUACAGCAGCUUUAACCCUUUAAGGACCAAACUUCUGGAAUAAAAGGGAAUCAUGACAUGUCACACAUGGCAUGUGUCCUUGAGGGGUUAAAGGACCACUAUAGUGCCAGGAAAACAAACUCUUUAGUGUACUAUAGUGUUUAGUAACACUAUAGUGUUAAUAGGUCCCCCCACCCUCAUGGCACCCCUCCUGCCGGGAUUAAGAGGGGUUAAACACUUACCUUUCUCCAGCGCCAGGCUCCCUCUGCGCUAGGGACUCUCCUCCCUCUUCCGACAUCAUCCCCUGAAUGCGCGUGCGCAAUGCUUUCCUAUGGACGGCAGCGUCUUCUCACUGUGAAAAUUGAAUUAAUGCAUCUCUAUGGGGAGCGUGCAGAUGCUCAACGCCAGUGCUGCACCCAGGAUGCGCCUCUAGUGGCCGUCUGAAUGACAGCCACUGGAGGUGUCCCUAGGCAGUAAUGUAAACCCCUGCAGGGACAUGCUAUACACACCAGAAUAGCUACAUUAAGCUGUAGAUGUUUUGGUGACCAUAGUUUCUCUUUAAGGUAAAUUUAAUAGAAAGCAGAGUAUUUCAUAAUAGGUAAACUCAAGUUAAAGGUGAUUUUUAUUCAAUGAUGUAAUUUCCAAAGUAGUAGUGCUUCAAAAUAGUAAUGAUUUUAUAAAAAUAUAUAUUUUUAAAAAUCUAUAAUUAAAAGUAAAAGUUUUGUGGUUUGGUUUUAAAAUAUGGAACUAUGUGACCAAAGUUUUUUUUGAAACUUAUAACAAAGUUCAACCUUUGUAGGUAUUUGGAAAUGUGACUGUGUAAUAUUACACUUAAUGUAUGUUUAUAUUAUAAAUUCAGAGCCAAUGUUAUAGAUGCUGUUUGUAAGGAUUGGUUAAUUUGUGUGGUUUAAGCAUAUCCAAUUAUUAAGUACACUAUUGGACAUUUGCAGACUAUUGGAAUGCGCACAUCAGUGUCCACACCUAUCCCAUGUUAUCUGUCAAAGGAGGAACACUAAUGUGUAUUCUUAAUUCUAUAGUGCCCUGGUGGCUGUUUACGUGACCGCUCCUACCUUUUGGGAAGAAAAAAUACAUUUUACUUAACCUUGUCUCCAUGGCUGAGGUCAUUUGAGGUGGUAGGUCGCAGCCAAUCAAAUGCUUUUCCCUAAGAAAGCACUGGGAGGCUAGUGCACAAAUGCAUCAAAACGCUGCACUGCGCCAAUCAAAUGAUCUUUCUGACAGCGAGUAGAAGCAUUUAAAGGGACACUAUAGUCACCAGAACAACUACAGCUUAUUGAAUUUGUUCUGGUGAGUAGAAUCAUUACCUUCAGGCUUUUUGCUGUAAACACUGUCUUUUCAGAGAAAAUGCAGUGUUUACAUUACACUAGAGUGGCCUUUUAUUGUGCCCAGCCUAAAAUACACCUGUGCAAUACUCAUGCUGUCUAAUCAGCAUCAUGAUAUGCCACACCUGUGGAUUAUCUCGGCAAAGGAGAAGUGCUCACUAACACAGAUUUAGACAGUUGUGAACAAUAUCUGAGAGAAAUAGGCAUUUUGUGUACAUCGAAAAAGUCUUUGCUCUUUGAGUUCAGCUCAUAAAUGUGUGUGUGUGUGUGUGUGUGUGUGUGUGUGUGUGUAUGUAUAUAUAUAUAUGUAUAUGUGUGUGUGUGUGUAUUUAUUUUCUCGUCUAUCUCUUACCUGUAAGCCAGCAGUAAGACUUUGCUCACCGCAGCUUCUCUUGAACCCAUAGGAGAUCACUGGUACUCAUGCACAGGUGCAUGCGCAACCAUGCAAUGAUUCUUACAGAGAAACAUUGAAAUGUAAUUCUUCUCAUAGAGAAGAAUUGCCUUCUUCUAUUUGCUGGGGUACAAAGCAAUUAAGAAGAGCAGCCUGACAGCUUGGAUGGUGCAACCUUGUCACUUUAUAGACGUGCCAAUUUUUCUUGAAAUUGACUCUUCCAAAGUGCCAAAGAGGGGGCACUCUCAGUCCUUAAAGUGAACCUGUAAUGGAAAAAAAUGACUUGCUUUAAAUCGCUUCCAUAUCAAUUGAAUACACCAUGUAUUAUAAGGAUACAUGGUAUAUUAAAUGUAAAAUAUGAAGAUUUAUUCACGCAUUCUCCGUCCAAUGCCAAUUCAUGGGUAGUUCAUCAUGUAAUGCCCACUUACUGGCAGUCUUCUGCUCCGCAUCUGUUCUUUGACGAAUCCCCUAGCAGGGAAAAUCUAGUCUGUUACGUUGGCAUGAUGACUUUGUUGCCAAAUUGCCGGCUGUACAUCCUAGUCGACGCUUUAGCAGUGCAUGCGCUGUGAUUGCUAUCGGAGAGGCAGAGACCUCCUAUUGGCACAAUGUACUGAUAAAAUCUUAUGCUCAGUCUAAUUUGCAUGACGGGUGCCCUUGGCAAGUGGAGUGAUAAUUUAAUGCAUAUAAUUACUGAAAAAAUGCAUUUACCAAUCAGCAGGAAAAAAAAAUUCAUAAGCCCCCAAAAACUU